GGAAAAGGCAUCUGUGGAACAUCAACAUGGGCUGCAGCCAGGGAGACCUCUAAAAAGAUAAACACUAAAUGUGAUGAAGAGGGCCUAGAGGUGGCAGUUUGCAGGCACAGCAUAUUGCUUAGAGGGUUGAACAUGUUUAGGGGCGAGAUAUUUGCAUACCCUCUGUUUCUUCAGAAGGAACUGGCCACAAAAACAAACUGCAAGUUCUCCUGCACUGACAUCAUGUGUCGAUAUUGGCCCUAUCUUCAAAAGGUGGCUCAAGCAUUCCCAGAAAUGCAAAACCUGACUCAGAUGAAGCCAUUUCUCUCAGUUAUGCAUGCAAAGGGGCACUCUACAAAAUGUGAGGUGCAGUGGGGUGGCAAAAAUCAAACAGGGGCAGGCACAACAAUUGGUGAAGAAGUUGAACAAGUGAACAGCUUUUUGUCCCGUGUGGCUUUAACUACAAAAUACAUGAGUAAGGCUGCACGAGUAGAUCUGGUCACAUUGCAUGCCAGAGGAUGGAAUGAGCGCAAAAAAAAGAAACCUGCACAAGUACUUGUCUACACAGUACUUGAAGACUAUCCAAAAGACAAAGGAAGUCAAGGAGGACAUUGAGGCUAUAAAGAAGUGCACGCAAAGGUCUGAUGAGGAACUGCAACAGUGGGUCACUGAUGUGAGACAGUGGGCAGUUGACACACCAGAUUACUUCAGAACAGAUGAUCCAGUGGCGUUGCAACAUCUGAUUGAAGGCCUAUUCUUGGGCAUCCAGCAGAAAAAGAGGGAUCUGUAUCGAGUAACCGACCGUAACAAACAGCGACACAAGAUCCGAAGACGGAUUAGAGAGGAUAAGAAAAAGCUGUUUAAUGCCAUAUCUCAAUACAAUGAUCUUCCAACCACCACAGAAUCUGUAGAUUCAGUUGAAGACCUUCUGGCAGCAGAAAGCCCUAUCUGGCAUUGGGAUUCUGAACCUGACACUUCCUUAGGCAUGAAGAAGAAGGUUUUUGACAAGGUGAUGCAGCUGGAGAGACUGAUUGAGGAAGAGGCUAUACUUUUAGAGGAAAUGAAACAACAUUGGACUCAUCUUUUUUGUAUAUCCCAAUUUGAUUUUUAG